GAAAAAAAGUCCGAGCCCGUGGCCUGUACCACAUCGUUAUCAUCUGCUCUCUUCGACGCCCUUUGAACUACAACACAUCCUCCUCCUCCCAACCAGCAUCAGCCAGCUAUUCGACUUCCCCAGAGACAGACCAUACUAGUGCUCGUCAGCUGCGCCCUUUGAGGUCUUUGACACCUGCGCCAUGCCGACUAUCUACGAAAUGGAAGCAUUCAUCAACUGGGACGGCGUCGAUCCAGCGGCCAUGCCAGGUGCUCGCCAUCCCAACGACCUGGAUCUGGCCCUGGAGAAUGUCGACGAUGAUGACUUUGCCAGCUGGGCCCUGCAGCACUACGAACACAGCAACUCACUUGGCAUUGGAGAAACAGCAACUGCCAAUCCCGGCUUGAUCCUGCAUUCUGGGGAUCCCAUCGUGGCCUUUGAAGAUUCGUUUGAGAUGCCAUCCUCCCCUUGCAAUCACUGCCAGGCCAAUGGAUAUCAGUGCAAGCGCAUCCGUGAGGGUAGCUACAAUGGAUAUUGCACAGGCUGUGUUGCCCUGAACCGUGUCUGUAGCUUCGGACUGGUUGAUCAGCCUACACUUCCUCGGAACCCAGGGUCGACCACCUCUAUCGAAGAGCAAGAAACUGCUGCUCCUGUUGCACCCGCUACCAAGGUCAAUGGCCGGUUCUCGCGGGAGUCCAUCAAGAUCCUCAAGAACUGGCUCUCCACCCACCACAAACACCCAUACCCCAACGAUGAAGAGAAGGAAAUGCUACAAAAGCAGACAGGCCUGAACAAGACUCAGAUUACUGGCUGGCUUGCCAAUGCCCGUCGCAGAAGAGGCAAGGCUAUGGGAGCCCCUCGAUCCAUCUCACCCGGUGUGCGGAGCUUGUCCAACAAUGUCGAUAUACCACAGAGACGCCCCCAACUAGAGCUCAUGAACCCGCUCCAACGUUGGCAAGUCUCUCCCCCAGAACACGAACCCGCCUCGGUGACUGCCAUUGCCCGUGCCGUUACUGCCUCCGCAACUACCCUUUCAUCCGGUAGUCCACACAGCAACAACUUCAACUUCACCGACGAUGGCUCCAACAGAUCUUUGUGUGCCGCCUCCUCGGCUAGCAGUUUCAACACGUCCAUCUCCAGUUCCGCAUACUCUUACGGAACUCAUGACUCCCUUGGCUCUUAUGGGUCGUCUAUGAACCGUGGCCGGAGGCGGAGAAGGAGGAAGGCAGCACCAGUGCCGUCAGAGAAAAGGAACUCUCUCUCCGCGCCUCUCAAGACUUUCCAGUGUACGUUCUGUACAGAGACCUUCAGAACCAAGCACGACUGGCAAAGACAUGAAAAGUCCCUACACCUGUCUCUCGAGAGAUGGGUAUGCGCCCUUGAAGGCCCUCGAGCAUCCAACCCUGAGAAUGGCCAAGUGUCUUGUGUCUUCUGCGGAGAGGCGAACCCGGAUGAAGGUCAUAUCGAGAAUCACAACUACUCUAUCUGCCAGGAGAAAACCAAAGAAGAGCGAACUUUCUACCGCAAGGACCAUCUCCGUCAGCACCUGAAGCUGGUUCACGGCGUCAAGUUUGUGGACUGGUCCAUGGAGCAGUGGAAAGCAACUACGCCCGAGAUCUGGUCCCGAUGUGGUUUCUGUGGCAUCGUCAUGGACACUUGGAGCAUUCGUGUCGACCACUUGGCGGAGCACUUCAAAGCUGGUCAGACAAUGGCCGAUUGGAAGGGUGACUGGGGUUUUGACACUCCAAUUCUUGAGGUGGUCGAGAACGCCAUCCCGCCAUACCUGAUCCACGACGACAGAAACUCGCCAUGCCCAUACACAGCGACCCAAGCACCUCCUGAAACAGCUCGCAACGCCUACGAGCUGAUCAAGAGCGAACUGAUGUAUUAUCUCACCAAUGAGCGCGACAUCAGGGGCAGGGUGCCUACGGAUGAAGAAAUUCACGUCGAGGCAUGCAGAAUCAUCUAUGCAGCCGAGGUCCAGUCGAAUCAGAGCAUAUCCGCCAUCCCAUCCUGGCUACGAGACUUGCUUCUUUCUUCCGAACCGUUGGCCCUGCAGGCCAGGAUGGCACCUAUCAGGUCGGCAAACGAGAGCCGUCAAGCAGUUCUGCGUAUCAACGGCAAGGGCAACAUCUUUGAGGAUGACCCGAUGGAGCACGAACUCCACGAGUAUGUCAGGGCUCGUCGGUUACUCGGCUUAACCGCCAUGGAUAGCGAGUUACAGUAUGAAGCCUGCAACAUUAUUGGUCGCAUGGAAGAGUCGUCUAGCCAUCCUUCUGAAGGUAUCGCCAACUUCCUGCUGCGUCUCAUUCACGGAUCUACAAGCUGGCUCGCCGAAUUCCGGCAACGAGCUGUCUUGCCACGAUCUGAAGAUGUUGGGGAUGAGGCAAGGCGCUCCACAGAUCCCUCCAAGGUUGAUUCGACCAUCUACAACUACAGUCGACUGGAGAGGGAACUCGCCGAGUUCUUGCACAUGCAACGCUCGAUGGGCGUAGAGCCCGCAGACGUAGACCUGCAAAACAAAGCUCGUAUCAUUAUCUACGAAUGCGACGACAGCUGGAACCAGACAGCUGCGGACAACAGUGAAUGGCUCGCAGCGUUCAAGCAGCGACAUGUGUCUCCAGAAGCCAGUGCAGUGGCUUUGGCCACAUACGAACCGUUGACCAUCUCAUCAGUGUCCCGGUACCGCUUCACCCCGUCGAUGGACAUGGCAACAUGGAUGGGCAGCAGCUGCUUUGGCGGUCCCCAGAAUACCUCCCUGGGAAGCAUAGGUGCUCCAGCCUUUGAUACCGCAGCAGGCGUAGAUGGACACAUAGGCAAAACCAACAACGCCGUCAAGAUCGGACCGUACUUCUUCAACGACGCCAACUGCUACCGCAGGCUGGCUCGCGAGUUGGGCGCAUACGUGGCAUCGGUUAUGUCACCAAACUCCCCAGACUGUCAUAUCCCCAAUGAUAAGGAACUCCAACUCCAAGCGCGUUGGAUCUUGUAUCAAGAUGACGACCCCUGGAACCAAACCGCCGCCGACAACGCGGAGUGGCUUCGCCGCUUCAAGCGCGAUGUCGGCAUCCUCACCGACUCUUCCCUGCCGGGCUUGCCCGAAUGCACCCAAUGGAGCGCCACCCAAGGCGGUUCCGGGUUCGAGCCGCCUUACUUGUUCCCCAACCCCAACGCCCAAGUCACAACAGUGGAAAUGGACAUCCCUAUCAAGAUGAAAGAAGCCAAGCGCACGUUUGUGGCGGAGAGAGAGACGGCUAAUAAGUAUGUGAGGGGAUUCAGGACCAGGUGGCAGAGGCCUGCGGUGGUGUUCUGCUCGAGAGAGUUGGAGAAGGGGUUGGUGGAGUUUGUUACGAGUUGUGUGAUGGGUACUAGUGAUGGUAGCGGAGGAGGCGGCGGAGGAGCAAGGGGGAUGUUCCCGAGUGAUGAAGCCAUUCGCGCCAAGGCGAGGGAGAUCCAGAAGAUGAGUACCACGUCGGCGGAUGAUGUGGUGCUACUGGAGAAGUUCAAGAACAUGAUGAGGGAGAGGUUAGGGCUGGUGUCAGCAUUUACGUCUUUGGGGUCUACGCCGGGCUUCUCGGAGGUGGGGGGUAGUAUGGGACUGAUGCAGUCUUCGUCGGUUGACACUUCGGCGGUGCCGUCGCCGGUAACGGCUGCUGGAUUUACCACUCGAACUACUACCAGUCCUGAUAUGGGCAUGAGUAUGGAUUUCAGCAUGGAUUUGGGCCUGAAUUUGGGCGAUAUGAGCAGCUCCAUGAGCAACAUUGGUGCCAUGGGCAUGGCGAACCUGACGGACUGGUCAUCCACAGGUUUGAGUAUGGGAAUGGGAACGAGUAUGGCUGGUUCUUGUACCGGAAUGGGCAUGACCCUCGACAUGACGAACACGAACAUGAGUACGAGCAUGCCCACCACGCAUAUGGGUCUGCUAGGAGCAGCAGGCGGGGCAGCAUCAGCAGGAGGAGGAGGAGGACAAGAUGACCACAACAUGAUUAUGAUGUUUACGGAAAACGAGAUGGACGAUCUUCUACAGGAGUCAAGCUUUGGGUUUUCUUCCAAUGAUGACGAUUUGGCAGUUAUGGGAGGAAUCGGCCAACUAUAAUCUGGUUUAGGAACAAUAAUGGAGGAGGAUGAGGAGUUUGACUGGUGGUGAUUUUGUACUUUAGGCGUUAGGGAGAAGGGAGAAAAGUUCACUCUUGAUAUCGUCAAUGAAGCGAAUACAGUCCGUUCGUCAUGGCAUUUGUCUUUUCCAAUGAACAGUGACAUGUCAUCUUCACCACCUCAUAUCUGCCUCAUUCAAAGUCGGAUCGAAUCAUCCAAAACCAACAUUUUUCGUUCCCCUUCAAGAUAUCCACAAACAAACAAACAAACAAACCUACACAC